CUGUCUCAGCCAUAGCUCGGGAAUAAGCAGGGACAGAGAGCCACAGACGAGCACGCAGAAGUCUGAGAAUAGGGAGGUAAGCACAGAAACUUGCACUGCUGUGUGGCAGAGGGAGUGAUCCCAGGAACAAAGAAAACUGCAGGAAUCUCUCUACUUUGAGGGUGAUGGAACUCUGGAACUGGCUACACAGAGAGGGUGUGGAGUCUCCCUUUCUGGAGAGAUCCAAACCUGUCUGGACACACUCCUGUGCAGCUGGUGGAGAUGCUGCAUCGCUUGAGAAGGGGUGAGGAAUGGCCGAUUAAUCUGUGCUCAGAGAGGCUGCCUGUUGGGAUUAGUGCUUCCGAUGUUCUUAACAUCUGCAGCUCCAGGACAGCCCCAAAUUCAUCAGCAGUGGAAGCUGGAGGACAGCAGCGAGGCUGGGUUUCACCAGCCUUUUGUUUGUGGAAAUAGGCAACACAGGGAAUGAGAAAAGACUGAUAAGAAGCCAUGGAUGGGUUACAGCUGCGGCACGCACAUGCUGAGAUGCCUGACAACAGCCUCGGGGAGUGAGAUGACUUCUGGCAAUGCAGGCAUCCAGCAGAAGGAGCCUCCUCAAGCUCAGUAUUAUGGAGGUGAAGUGGAUUCAUGUGUUGGUCUUCUUCUUCUUCCUGUUGUCUGUCGCAAUGACGGGCUGCUUCCUGUGGCAGUACAGCCUCCCCAAGAUGGAGACCAGAGCAUCUGUGAUGGAAGCAAGAUCAGAAGCUGUGCAGAUGUGCCCCCGCUAUCCUGAACCAGCACCGCUGGACCACCCACUCCCCAUUCUGAAGGAAGCAUUGGAGAAGGUUGAUGUGAUGCUGCGCCAAAAGAUUCACAGCUCUGGGCUCCCUGCCAUGUCUGCCAUUGUGAUCUACAAUGACACUGUUCUCUGGACAGGCAACUUUGGAAAGAAGAAUGGUUCAGACCCCUCUUCAUUGGUGCCCAACGAAUACACUAUUUACAGAAUUGCCAGUGUCUCCAAGAUCUUUCCCACCAUUAUGUUGUACAAGAUGUGGGAGGAAGGAAAAGUGAUGUCUCUUGAUGACCCACUGGAACGCUAUGCCCAAAACUUUGUUAUUAAGAACCCUCUGGGGAGGCUCAAGGAAUCAGAGCAGAGAUACACAGCAGAUGGGAUGAUUUUUUCAGAAAAAGGCUCAGUGCCAAUGAAGCCAUCGCCCGUUACCCUGCGCAGAAUGGCCAGCCAGCUCUCAGGUCUGCCCAGGAGGCUGAGAUCCACCUCCCUGCUGUGGAAGGGCAAUACGCAAGAUGCUCUAGCUCUCCUGAAAGAUGAUAUCUUGGUUGCUGAUCCAGGAACCAGGUGCCACUACAGCAAUUUGGCCUUCUCACUGAUGGCGCACGUGCUAGCCAACCACGCAGCUGAAGGACAAUAUCAGCGCUGGAUCUCAGAGAACGUCUUGGACCGCUUGGGCAUGGAGGAUACUGGCUUUGACAUCACACCACCGAUCCGCUCCCAGAUGGCUGUGGGUUUCUACAGCAGCCAGCAGCCAGCUCCUCUCUAUGAUCUUGGCUGGUACAGGCCUUCUGGCCAGAUGUACUCCACAGCUGCUGACCUUGCCAAGCUGGCAAUGGUCUUCUUGGGCACCUACCACCGUCGUCUCCUAGAGCCUGACACAGUGAAGACAAUGCUAACCCCUCUGUUUAAGUGCUCCACUGAAUACUUUGCUAACAAGACUGGUACACCCUGGGAGAUUAACGAGCAAUUGGGAUAUGAUGUUAUUAGGAAGGAUGGAGACCUUGAUGGCUAUUCAGCUACCUUCUCUCUUAUCCCCAAGCUCCGCCUGAGCUUCAUUGUGCUAAUGGCAGGGCCUAGGCCUCAGGGUGGAGAUAUUGUGACUCAGACGUAUGAGUAUCUUAUUCCUGCCAUGGAGACAGCAUUCAGAGAGGCAGACAAAAGCUUGAUUCCUCCUCCAAGUCCAAGCCCUUAUGUUGGCUAUUAUACCUACUCCAACCUCACUUUCUAUGAGAUCAAAGUUGGACCUGGUGGGGUUCUGGUCAUGCAGCAAUUCGGGCCUCACGUGGAAGAGCUAAUUCCUGAAAAGUACCGGACAAUCAAGCUCCACCACCUGGAAGAUCGUGUUUUCCAAGUUGUUUUUGACAAAGAGUUCCCGUGUGUCCUGCACCUGGGCUCUGCUUCCAUCUCACUGGAGACCCAAAAUGGGCAGCUCUUUAACUUUUAUCCAUUCGAUCGCAAGGGUUUAUCUCCUGGCUUUGAUGCACCAGGGCUGAACACCUACAAUGUGGUGCGUGUGCUUCGUAAACCUGUAUUCUACACCUAAAUGUCUCUACUUUUCUGACCACUUCUGAGAGGUGGCUCCAAAUCUAUGUCUUACCAGACUCUCCUAUCUGUGUGGCUUUAUUGAUGCCAUUUAAAAGGGAAAGACGGUGACAAAUCAUUCUUCUGCCCAACAAAUAUGUCGGGUCCCACUUCUAAAAUUACUUUAAUGGCUUGCAAUCUCUGACAGUGCACAAUAGGCCAGCUAGCAAGCAUGGAUGCCCACAGGAAAAAAAAGAGAUGUGAAUGUGCUGGAAGGAUGGUGUUUGAAUGACAUAAAAAAAAUGCUAUGCGCUUAAGUCCCCACAUUGACAUUGCUGUUUGAUGGCCACUGUAGUGAUUGACUAGUACCAUCAAAAGGCUGAGAUUUCCUCUCUGAAAAUCUCCAUUCUUCAGUCCCAAGAUUUUCCAGGGCUCUUGAGGAGCCCAUCUGCCAAGAACAAAUUCCUCACAUGGGUAAUAUGACAUAAUAUGUGCUAGAAAAUGGCAGCAGCCUGCUACCAGGUCCUGCUUGUGAUACCUGGGAAAAGAGGGCCAGUUGGAAAUAAGGAAGUGGCUGGAUUGUUGCACUCAAAGAGUUGUGGUCUAUGGCUUAGCGUCCAAGUGGAAACCGGUGAUAAGUAGUGGUCAAUACAAACCCCCCAGAGGUCGGUAUUGGGACUGGUGUUGUUUAACAUCUUCGUUGGAGACAUGGACUGUGGGAUUGAGGGCACCCUCAGCAAAUCUGCUGAUGGCACCAAGCUGUGUGGUGUGGCCAACACACUGGAGGGAAGUGAUGGGAUCUAGAGGGACAAGCUGGAGAGGUGGGGCUGUGCGAACCUCAUGGAGUUCAACAAGGCCAAGUGUAAGGUCCUGCACCUGGGUCUGGGCAAUCUCAAGCACAAACACAGGCUGAGUGGAGAAUGGAUUCCCUGAGGAGAAGGACUUGGAGUGCUAGGGGAUGAGAAGCCCAACAUGAGCCAGCAAAGUAUGCUCACAACCCAGAAAGCCAAACCGUAUCCUGGGCUGCAUCCAAAGCAGUGGGACCAGCAGGGCCAGGGAGGGGGUUCUGCCCCUCUGCACUGCUCUCAUGAGACCCCACCUGAAGACCCACGUACAGGUCUGGAGUCCUCAGCACAGGAAGGACAUGGAGCUUUUGGAGUGAGGCCAGAUGAGACUGCAGAGAUGAUCCAAGUGCUAAAGCAUCUCCCGUAGGAGGACAGGCUGAAAGAGUUGGGGUUGUUCAGCCUGGAGAAAAGAAGGCUGCAGGGAGACCUUAGGGCAGCUUCCAGUACUGAAAGAGGCUCCAGGAAAGCUGGGGAGGGGCUCUUGAUCAGGGCAUGUAGGGAUAGGACAAGGGGGAAUGGUUUCUGUGCCCAUGGCAAGGGACAGGAACUGGAUGACCUUUAAGGUCCCUUCUGACCCAAACCAUUCUAUUAUUCUCUUCUAUGAUUUUCCAAUACACUGGUACAUUCCAGCUGGACUCAGGUUUGUGACUAUCUAUCUCGGUAUAGAGGCAAAUGUGUGAGCGUGGUGUUUAAGUACAGGAAUGUUUGUGUGUUGUAGCACCCACUGUGGUUAUGUAGGUGUGACAGAGGAUGCUAAGAGAAAGUGCCUUGGGAGCACUGGAUUUAGGACAUGGGCACAUACAAGCAAUCUGCAAAGCCCAAGGUGCAGUUGCUUCUGCCUUCAUUUGCCCACUCAGUGCCAAGACAGGCAGGACAGAUGAUCUGUCAUUAGUCACCAACACCGUAGCACCAAACUGGGUGUAAUGUCAGGCAUGAAUGCAAGACAGGACAAUUGGCACCAACUUGGUUCUUCCUCCCCUUCCAGUUUAGGAGAGGGUUUGGAUUGCAGCCCUAACUGGAGCCCAAAAUAAAAGUCAGCAGAGGGUCAGGACAAGAGGAGUCUUACUCUAAGCUGAACAGCCUAUCUGGAGAGUUGGGCAAUGGUUAUACAGCAUGGAAACUCUGAUGCAAAUGCAAAAGACCCUUUCAAAGUACACAUUCUCCUAUCCCAUAACUAGUGUGAGACUGGAUUCUCUUGCAGAGUGACCUCCUUGUGUUUCUUAUCCCCACAGAAAGUGGGCAUGUCUCAAGGAGGAAAAGAAAGUAAAUCUCCCUGCCUCCCUACUCUCUUGUUGUCUCUCAAUGUUUUUAGUCUGCACAGAGUUCUUCAGCUUCAGUUUUGAGUAGAGAGACCAUCACCAAAGGCCCAGAAAUAUAUGAUUUGCAAACUCAGUUCCUUGCCUUUUUUCAGACAUUUUCAGUUGCCUAAUGAACACCUGAAAUGUUCUAACGCUUGUCCGGUUUCCUCCAGACUUUGUAGGUGAUUACACUUCAUACCUCGUACAGCCUCAUACGUUCAAGUGUUUGAUCUGGGCUAUAGCAACAGCAACAAGCUCUAGGCAAACUCUUGCUGCUGUCACAUGUGAUGGUGCCCAGAGGAAUGUGUGCGAGCAGAUACGGGCGAUUUCCUGUCGCAGUGCUGGGACCCUAUCAGGGCAUAUCUGACACCACAGAGCUUCCCGGGCUUUGAGCUCACAAGAUGUAAUAUCUCAUUGCAAGACAUUUGAGUGCUCUGAGCCUUUGAGUGAGGGCUGAAUGCCAGUUUAGGGCUGUUCUUAUUGCUUUGGAAGAAGUGAUUAUUUACCUAUCAGAUUUAUUUAAAAGUUUCCAAGAAAAAAUAAGAUUUACAUCACAUGCCACUCACUGGUGGAACCCCACACUGGGCUGUCUCCCUCUGUCUGAUGGAGCUGUUAAGCUGGUUUACUUUCCCAUCAGCAUUGCAGAUACUAACAGGCCUUUAAUUUUCUAGUGAGUCACCCUCAAACCUCUGUACUGACACUUUUUGGUGCUCUUGUUUAUUCCCAUAAUGGCAAAAUACAGUUCUUUGCUGUUCAUAGCGUGAAUCCACACCUGCAGUAAAGCUCAUGUCACCAUGUCUCACUGAGAAGGUGAACUGGGAAGGUGAAGCUUCUUACACCGCUCCUUUGUAAGGACAGAAGAGUGCCCUCACCUGGAAUGGAGAGGAGAAAGGAGACCUUGGGACACCAGUAUAGAAGGUUUGGGAAAAGCUCUGCGUGUCAGGCAGGAUAAGGUAGCAUUUUGGAGGAUCCCAGUCAUCCAAGUAGAGCAGUUAGAGUCACAAAGUUGUGUUAGUGCUGCAAACACAAUUCUCUCUGUCACUUCAUGCUUAACAGUAUCCUAACAACAGCUGAAGCAGCUUCUGUGACCUACACAUGUUUAGAAUAAGUUGAUGAAUCACACUCUGUGAAUCCCUAGCCUCCAGCUGGCUAAGAUGGACCUGACCCUUGCUAUUAUGAGCAGCUCUUCAGUUAGGAGUGAAAGACUUUCAUAAUCUGCCUGUGACGUAAGGGCAAGUUCUCAACUUGUUACAUCAACAUUUCCCUGAAGACUUAAGUUCAUUGAUCAGCAGCCCCAAAGCAGAGCAUGGUCCUGUUUGGUGUUGUCCCGUGUUAAUACAGUGUUAAUCAUGACAACUUCUUCCCACCUGAAGAGUAGUAUUUACUCAAGCAAGAAUGAUAAGAAUCUUCAAGCUUCAACUUACUUUUUGAAAACAACAUUUUAUCCCUCCCUUCUUCGUUUCUUCACACUCACGCUUCUCAAACAGAGCCAGGUGGCCCAGUUAUUUACUGGACAGACAGCAUCUUCACAAAGCUCUUCUGUUUUGAUGAUGUCUCUCUUACCUGCAACAACCAACAGAGCAGGGCUCAGAAAAGAAGGAUGAAGUCAGGUUAGCAAGGAAUGGGUGUUUCUGUCAGAGUCUGGAAGUUUACUAACCUGUUUUCCUCCUCAGAAAUGCAUUGAUGCUCUUGUUGUAAAGGGCUGUGAUAAGCCCCUACAAUGCAAAGCACAAGCGUUUUGAAUUUUUGGUUCUGCAGGAUUUGUUUUAAAAGAAAUGUCAGCAUCCACCCUUUAAGAGAGAGAAGAGGUUGAGAGAGUUGCUAGGUCAAAGCCAGACCCUGUCCCCUUUACACCCACGAUGUGAACACAAACAUACAUUCAAGGACUCCACAGUUAGCAGGGAAGCUUCAAUAUAUACUGUUAUUAGAUGCAAUUCUCACUCUAGAUAAGGUCAUGUAUGCUUUGAAGUGCAGAAGUGAAGCCUGUUCGCAAGUUUAGUCUUUCCUUAUCCAUUCACUUCUGCCUUUAUGAAGAAUCUGACAUCUCCCGACUUGGUUUACAGAGUAUGGAGGAUACACUCUGUGUGCAGCUUCUGAUACCAGUAGUAGAUAUAGGAAGUGUCUGAAGUCCAGCAUCAUAGAGUGAACACUGUGUUCCAGUGAAAAACAUCUUAUGGUGCUGUCUUAGUCCUGCAGAGAGUCCCAGGGAAGGAGGAGACUGCACACCCAGCUCAGCAGAGGAUCGAAUCUUGACAGUAGCUGUUGAAGUGAGGAGGUAAGGGGCUGCAGAUGGCAGGAUUUGUGUCAAAACUCCAGGUGAAGAUCCUUAGCGUGAGGUGGACACUAUGGAAGACCACGUCCACCAGGUCUGUCCAGGGGAUGCUAGAGCUCUGCAGCAGCCUCUCUACUUCAAACACCAUCCAGCACGUCAUGAACACCACUACCACAACACAGGCAGACAAAAAGAAUCAGUAAAUGAGAGCGAGACAAAGCAUUAAGCAAAAACAGGGCUCAGAAGCAGAAAGGACUGUCUGUUAACAGUGUCCCUCUGGACUGCUAAGGACUCCAGACAAAAAAAAAGAUGCAUGCUGUUAGUUGGCAGAUUGCUCCAGAGGGAUGCAGUGAAGUGCAGCUGUGUCCUGGCAGUCUGCAAGCUCCUGCUUCUCAUCCCACUGGAAGCCCACUAGUUACCCAAUCAAAAAUCCUGAGAGCAUUUGGCCACUGAAAGCUCUGCUUCUCCCUUCCCAACCAAAACACAAACAUGAGAGAGAGAAAGACUUAGAUAUCAGGACAGUCCUCCCGCCUGCUGCUCCUCCUAAACUGCUUUUACAAGAUGCUUGGAAGGAAAUCCGAUGGAGCUUGUAAGUUCAGACUGACCUGUGUCAUGCAGCCUCUCCCAGAAUCACACAGAAUCACCAGGUUGGAAAGGACCCAUUGGAUCAUCGAGUCCAACCAUUCCUAACACUCCCUAAACCAUGUCCCUAAGCACUUCAUCCACCCGUUCCUUAAACACCUCCAGGGAAGGCGACUCGACCACCUCCCUGGGCAGCUGUUCCAGUGCCCAAGAGAUACUGCACAUCCUCCCCUUGGCAUCAGUUGUCAGCAUGGCAGUCUCUUGGAAUGGUCCAUCUCUCCCUAUUUCUUUACUUUUCCCUAUUCUGUAUUUUGGAAUUGCACAGCACCAUAGCAGGAAAGCAGAAGGGAAAUACGGAGGGGAAUGCCUUCAUCCUACCCACCUGUGGUCUGUUAACAAUUGCUCUCAGGCAGAUGCUGAGCCUCCCCUGAUGGCCAUUCCCUUUUCAGAACUUAUCAGACCAAUGGUUUGAUGCCAACACUUCCUGGAAGCUGCUCCGUCUGCUUUCAUUUAGCUCUCCAUUUAUUCCUCUAAGGAGUGAUAUUUCUGCUAGAGGUGGGCAAGCGUAUUUCACUUAAUUUCAGUUCCCUCUGAGCCCGAUGAAUUAGAUGGCCUGAUGCAAUAGGAUCUGCUAACAAAAGGUUGCAGAAAAACAUGGGAAGAGAGAAGUCAGCAGGAAGCUGAAAUGAGCACAAGAGGGAGCCUCAUGUAAACGGAUUCUGAGAUGCUGCCUGGAAUAAAAAUGUCCAGUCAUAAUUUCCAAUCACACUUAGCUAAUUAUUAUUGAAUAUACUGAUGAAUAUGUAGAAAAAGCUGUGGCUUCAACAGAAAAGCUGAAAGAGUGCUCAGCACAGGAAAGACAUGGAGCUGUUGGAGUGAGUCCAGAGGAGGCGACGGAGAUGAUCCGAGGGCUGGAGGACCUCCUGUAUGAGGACAGACAGAGAGAUGGGGUUGUUCAGCCUGGAGAAGAGAAGGCUGAACAGGGAGCCAGGAGGUUCCAGUAGUGAAAGAGGCUCUAGGAAAGCUGGGGAGGGGCUCUUGCUCAGGGAGUGCAGGGAUAGGAUGAAGGGAACAGUUUUGAGCGGCAGGAGGGGAGAUUGAGAUGAGAUCUUAGGAAGAAAUGUUUUGCUGUGAGGGUGGGAAAGCCCAAGGUGCCCAGAGGAGUGGUGGCUGCCCCAUCCCUGGAGGUGUUCAAGGCCAGGUUGGAUGGGGCUUGGAGCCCCUGAUCCAGUGGGAGGUGUCCCUGCCCAUGGCAGGGGGCUGGACCUGGAUGGUCUUUAAGAUCCCUUCCAACCCAAACUAUUCCACUAUUCUGUGAUUCUAUACAUUUUGCUUCAGAGAAAUAGUAAAUCCGUGCCUGUAAGCAGGGCCCAAGCAUUAAUUACGCCCCGUGCUGCAGCUGUUUUCUUGUGUGAGAAGAGAUCUCUUGUGUGAGAAGGCCCCAGGUGGGCCAUGCCUCCUGCCUCCAGCUCAGGGUUGAAGGGCACUUGUGUGGUCUGCGAGUGAACAGGGCCCUAAUUUCUCAGCAGUUUGAAAAGACUUCUGCAAGUUAUUUCUCUGCCAUGCUUCCCUGGCUUCUUUCCAACUGUCCAGGAAGAUCCUGAGAUGUUGGAAAACUGCAGAAUUCAGUGGAGGAUGACCAAAUGAGCAUGCCUGGACUACAGGAACUAGAGGCCAUGGGAUCUGCUGAAGGAUUGAUUUACUUGCGGCUAUGGCUACGUGCAGAACAAUUACCAAGAGGAUAGAGGAAUACUAAGUGGUACCAGACAGUAUAACAAGGGGCCACAGCUCCAAACCCUACCUUGAGACAAGAUCUCUCCUCAAAUAUUUCUGCAGCCUUUGCACGGGUCACCCAGAAGGUGAUGCCUUUCUGUCCUUCGAAGUCUUCCAUCCAAGAUUUGGAUUAACAAAGCGUCAUCUAGCCUGAUCUAGUGUAGAGGACACUCCUCUGCUUUGAGUGGGAGGACCAUUGCCUACAGAAAUUCCUGUCAGACCAAUGGCCAGGUUGGAUCAGCCCAAAACUUAGAAUUGAAAUGAACAGCAGGAGUGUAUCUAAAACACUGGGACUCUCACGACAAGGGUAGAUGGGGUACAGGUAGAGAAAGACUGAGGUCCUCUGCUCAGCUCUUCCACUAACCUGGUUUUUGGCUUCGGAGAAUUUAUUUACGCUACCUAUUUCUUUUAUGGAAAGGAGAUCUAUGGAGCACAUCUGUUCAGCGUUGCUCUUCUCACACCAAAAGGAAAAAUUACUGACUGAUACCCACUUAGGUACACAGCAUUUUGGCAACACUCAGAACAUGAUCUCACAAACCUUCCUUGAAAGAUAACAAACACUGCCGGUGUGCUUUCCCUUCCGCAAGUCAGGUUCAGCCUCUUUACUUACAAAAAAAAUGAAAUACCAACCCCAUUUGGGAUGAGUGGUCGGAAGCCUCCCACUUGUUCUUGGCUGAAGUUGUAUCUCUGUAUUUCAGGCAGUGGUGAAAGACUUGAACACUGGAAAUCAAGAACAUCAGUGCAGGCUGUAACACACAGCAGCAGAAGAAGGAAGAGUUUUCUCCUAGCACUGCCAGGCAAACAGUUUCUUCCCUAAUAGACGGGUUCAUGCUUUGUCAGGUACCAGUUUCUCCAUCAUUUUCUCUUUGGAAUUCAUGUGAUGCUGUGAAAUGCCAGUCAGGCACUCACUGGAAUUGAACCACACUGGGCUUGCGGGAGAAGAGGCAGCGUUAUUAGGUGAAUUUUAUAUGAAAGAAUUUAAUAAUAAACAAUUUAUUUUGAUUGUGCGUGAGAUAAUUUUACUAGCUCUUGUCUAUUUUAUUUUCUAUUAUUCAUUGUGAGUAUACGUUGGAUUUUAACAUUUCUGACAAAGGCAG